AAUGAUACACGCUUUGAGUGUCCCCCUAAUGCUGUCCCAUACAAACUCAUCAGUUCCCAUUCAAGCUCACAUCCAGUCCGCUCACAAACCCAAAGCUGCUGGCGCUCGAAGCACAGUUGGCUAAUGCUCUGGCAGCUAUUCCUCAAACAAACACACGCACAUUCUCACGCAGACACACACACACACACACACAUGGAUCCAGACAGGGGCAUUUCCUGUGGAAUGAGUAUGGGGGCAUCAGCAGUACUCUGAGCCAGUGUCACUUCAUGACUGGGAAAGAAGGGAGAGGCAAAGUUGCAAAGGGAGAGAGAGAGAGGGAGAGGGAGAGAGAGAGAGAGGGGCAACCAGUCACAGUCUGCUGAAACAAUGGGGGUGAUGGAAGGGAUAAACAUUUGACAUCAUUGUUCCAGAAAGAUCAGCCUGUUGGCAGAGUCUCUGUGCAAGUGUGAUGGGAGUUUAUGGAGGGGAGGGGGAAGCAGUGGACGCGAACAAAUCCACGGUCCGGGCGGGACGGAAGGGAAAGGCCUAUAAAUUCGGCGCAGGAGGGCACAGCAGCACCCAUCUCAGACCGAACCAAACCUCCCUCUUACCCACUGUUUUUACAUCUCCUUCUGGAUUCUCAUCAUGGAUAUCCCCAUCCAGUAUCCCUGGUACCGCCGGGCCUUCCCACAUCGAUUCUCUGACUUCCCCUUGGCAGAACCUCUCACUGAUUGGCCACUUAUCUGGCCCUUGUCCUGGUCCUUCCCUUGGAUGCGCCCUUCGUUCAUGCGCUGGUUCAACUGGUUCGACAAUGGCCACAGUGAGAUGCGCGCUGAAAAGGAUCGCUACGUCAUUUAUCUGGACGUGAAGCAUUUCUCACCCGAAGAGCUGUCCGUCAGCGUCAGCGACGAGUUCAUCACAAUACACGCCAAGCAUGAAGAGAGACAGGACGACCAUGGCUACGUGUCCAGGGAGUUUCUGAGGAAGUACAGGCUCCCUGCUGGUGUGACAGGGCCCGAUGUCACCUCCUGUCUGUCAGCCGACGGUGUGCUCACAAUCACUGCGCCUCGGGCAUCUGCUGGCACAGAGCGCUCUAUUCCGAUCGCCUGUGAUGAUGGAACAGGGAAACAGAAAAUGUAGAGCAGAGUCUGACGCUCCCUGCACUGUUUGACUACUAAUCCUAAGUGCUGCCUGUUUUUAUAACCUGUUACAGUUUUGUUGGCAUACACAGUAGUGGGGCAUACAAGUCUAGAUGUCUUUAAGUGCAAGUGCCUUCUAAUAAACCAGUAUCUAAUUCCUAACUCACUGUUAUUCUGAUGUCUCCGCAAGACAAUGGUGCUUUAAAGCCAAAGGCUAACAUGCUGAGCCAAUCUAACAAAAAUCUAUUUGUCAGUGCAUUUAAGUUGUGUGAAGACAAAGUGCAGGAUGAGGAAUUAAUUUCCCUAUCACGAGCACACAGAAUCAAUUUUUAAACCCAAGUAUUCAUGUCACCGCACAUGUAAUCCUCUUUUGGAAGGCAUAUGUUAUUUCAUGUCUGGACUGUACUCAGCUUGCAGGCUUACUGACAGAAUUGCUUGCUAACUGAACCCACACUACCUUCAAUCACCUGCUUACAGGGAAAUGCUACAAAAGGUCAUUUAACGGGGGGUAAAAUUGUCCACAGAAGAUGCUCAGAGACCAAAAAUGUUCAUCUGAAUUUCAUCAGUAAUGUCUGAGUGGGUCUGAGUAAGAUGCCAAUUGUGCUUCGUUUAUUCUUUGGGAAUAGUUUAUGUAUGUGUGAGGUUGGGAGGAGGAGGGAGUUCUCUGGAGGCAUAUUCAGUCAUUUUUAGCUUGUUCACUAAAAAAACAAAAAACAAAACAAAAGCCACCAAAGGACUUGGGACCAGGUGUGUACUUGUUGAGAGGAAGAAAGAGGGUGAAUGAGCAGGAGGGAGCAUAGUGGACGAGGUAGGAGAAUUUUAUCACUGGGCUCCCUUUAGGCUGGGGAGCAAGGCCUCUGAGCUGCUAAGGAAAGUGUGUGCGAGUGUAUGUGAGAGCGGGAGCAUUUGUGCUUGUAGAUUCAAGAAUUAAAGCUCUAUCAUUCCUUCACAUUGGCGACAACUUUCUGGCAUAUUAACACAGAAACCAACAAAUAGAAUAAAUGAUGAAA